AUGGUGUCCCAGUUGUUCGAAGAAAAGGCCAAGGCCGUUAAUGAGUUGCCAUCUACGCCAGAUACCGAUGAAUUGUUGAAACUGUACGCUCUAUACAAACAGGCUACUUCCGGUGACAACACUAAGGAGAAACCAGGUAUUUUCAACAUGAAGGAUCGUUACAAGUGGGAUGCUUGGGAAGAAAUAAAGGGAACUUCUCAACAGGAUGCCGAAAACCAAUACAUCGAAUUUGUUGACUCCUUGAUUGCCAAAUACAAAUAG